UGGAUUUCAAAUCAAGCCGCACGCAUCACUUCAUUCAAGGCCCUUUCCGAACGUCCAACUCUCUCUCUCUCUCUCUCUCUCUCUGUCCCCAUUCCGAUUAAACUCAUCCCUUCCGAGUUCCGAUAACACAACACAGACGGCUAGUGAGAGAGAGAUUUAUACAUUUUCCUUUCUACUUCUGGGAGAGAUAUCCAGACGAAGACGCAACUCGAGAAAGAGGAGAAUCUCCCUCGCUUAAAAAGCCCUAAUUUCAUCUGGGUGUGUAGAUUUAUCGCCAAAUUUUGAUUUUGCGUUUACGUAUGUAUUUCUAGAGAGAGAUUGAGAGGGGCAAGUAGAGAGAGGGGAGAGGGGACCCAGAUUUCUCCCUCCUUCGUUGUAUCGAGCAAUUUGUCGAAAAACCCUUUCCUUUUAGGGUUUAUUCUGUCGAAGAUGUUUGGCUUUUCCUUGGAUCGAUGUUGACGCGCGCAUGUACAGUAGAUUAGGGUUUAUACAGAGGAAGAUAGUUAGGUUUAACUCGAGUUGUACAGAUAGCUAGGUUAGGAAAAUGGACGGUAGGAGAAUUUCCGCCAGUCCUCGGCCGUGCUGCGGCCGCCGGGUAGUGGCCAAGAAACGGCCUCGCGGCGGCGAUGGGUUCGUAAACAGCGUUCGGAAGAUACAGAGGAGGGAGAUUUGUUCGAAGCGCGACCGGGCUUUCAGUAUGAGCGACGCCCAAGAAAGGUUUAGGAACAUUCGCUUGCAGGAGGAAUAUGAUACACAUGAUCCAAAAGGACAUUGUGGGAUGGUUCUAUCCUUUCUCAAAAAGAGGUCGAAAAUUAUUGAAAUUGUAGCUGCUCAUGACAUUGUCUUUGCUCUUGCGCAGUCUGGUAUUUGUGCAGCAUUUAGCCGAGAGACUAACCAGAGGAUAUGCUUUCUGAAUGUCAGUCCUGAUGAAGUUAUAAGAAGCUUGUUUUACAAUAAAAACAAUGAUUCACUCAUCACAGUCUCAGUUUACGCCUCUGACAAUUUUAGUUCUUUGAAGUGCAGAACCACAAGGAUUGAGUACAUAAGGAGGGGUAAGCCAGAUGCCGGUUUUGCCCUUUUUGAGUCGGAGUCACUGAAAUGGCCUGGUUUUGUGGAGUUCGAUGAUGUAAAUGGGAAGGUUCUCACUUAUUCUGCACAAGAUAGCAUAUACAAGGUAUUUGACUUGAAGAACUAUACAUUGCUUUACUCCAUAUCAGACAAGAAUGUUGAAGAGAUUAAGAUCAGUCCAGGCAUCAUGUUGUUGAUUUUUACCAAAGCUUGUGGCCACGUUCCUCUUAAGAUUCUUUCUAUAGAGGAUGGUACAGUACUCAAAACUUUUAACCAUCUUCUCCAUCGGAAUAAGAAGGUGGAUUUCAUUGAACAGUUCAACGAGAAGCUACUCGUCAAGCAACAAAAUGAGAAUCUCCAGAUUCUUGAUGUCCGCAAUACUCAGCUGACAGAAGUUAGCAGAACAGAAUUUAUGACUCCAUCGGCAUUUAUAUUUCUGUAUGAGAACCAGUUGUUCCUGACAUUUAGAAACAGGACAGUGGCUGUUUGGAACUUCCGCGGGGAGCUCGUAACAUCGUUCGAGGACCACCUUUUGUGGCAUCCUGACUGCAACACAAACAAUAUAUAUAUCACCAGUGACCAGGAUCUUAUAAUUUCAUACUGCAAAGCUGAUUCUGAUGAUCUGUUGUUAGAAGGAAAUGCAGGGUCUAUCAAUGUCAGCAAUAUUUUAACUGGGAAAUGCCUCGCUAAAAUUCGGGCAACCAACAGUGUUCCGAUGGAUGAAGGCAGUUAUAGUGGCAGAAAUUGCAGUUCUAAGAAGCGGACGCGAGCUUCUUGGACUAGAAGUACUGUUGCAGAAGCCCUUAAAGACAUCACUGCUCUCUUCUACGAUGAAGAACGUAAUGAGAUCUACACUGGCAACACACAUGGCCUUGUCCAUGUGUGGUCUAACUGAAGUUCCUCGUGUUUCUUCAGAUUCUACGUUUUCCUUCUAGGUAGUGAACUCGUUCCCAUGCCUUCUUUAUGAACUACCCGGGACUGUACUAUGAAAUCUUUUCUUUUUUUUUUUAUUUUACUUUGAUUGCUUUGAAGUUUUUAUUUUUGGAAAUUCUUUUUAGGGGCAGAUUUUCCUACCCUUAAUUUCCCGUAGUGAGGUUUUUUCAACCCCUUGUGUUGUCGUGGGGUCUUUGUACCUUGACAUGUGAAAAUGUUCUUCCCAGUUGUAGAUGUGCUUAUUGAAGAACUUGAUUAUGGUGUA